UGAUGUAUCACUCCAGAACGGUAGGUGUCAGUAAUCCAACAGAACUUGGACUGCCUGUCGUGAAAAGGAAAAGAAGAAGUAUUCUGCCCUUGACAACAACAAUGGCGACUGCCACAAAAAUUAUCCAGAGGCUCAGAAAUCUUUUAUCCGGGGUGAGCCAUAUAUCUCUUUAUAUUGUGUAUUUAGUGCAAGUUGUUAACUUAAUUCUAGGUCCCUACACGUUUUAAGAUUUUAAAAGCCUGUCGAACUGGCUAAGGAAACACAGCUAACGUUAUCUAGCUUGUUAGCUAGCUUCUUAGCUACUUUAGUUGGCUAACGAACAUUGCAUGUUAGCAAUAGAAGACUCUUUGAAAAGCAAGUUGUUACUUUUAAUUAACCUGCUCAAAUUUACACAGCAUGAUCUGCAAGCAAAGCUCCAGUUGCGUUACGGUGAGAUUGCAAAGAGGUAAGUGGCAAGUCAUUAAUGUCUUGAAUGUUUAAUAGCUAAUAAUCCAUUUAGGCAGGAAGUUUUCUGCAGGUUUUGCAUGACAAUCAAUUGGGAGGUACGGAUGGUGUUUGCACUAAACUGUUUGUACUCUAUAUAUAGAAGGAGUAGGCCGACACUUUGUAAAUGCCACACAAUCUUAGUUUCAAUCUUUUGUGCAGGACCCAACCACCCCCCAAACUUCCAGUUGGUCCCAGUCACAAGUUUGCCUUCAAUUACUAUAAUGGCAGAGAUGGGCGUAGAGAGUCUGCACCAGCCACCAUCGUGAUGUCCAGUCAAAAAGCCCUCGCUGCUGGGUGAGUGGGACAUUAAGAAAGUCUAUGACAGUCUAUGACACAAAGGCUAUGGCAGUUCGAUAAGUGUUGGGAUUCCAUCCUCCUCUGGCUAGUCAGGUGGAGGUUGAGUGCAUAUGACUUCUUUACUGUUUGUCCUCAGGUGGCUUCCCUGCCCUUGCCUCCUGUCCCUCCUAUUGCCAUGGGUACACCUUCCUGAAAACAAUGGCACUAUACUUUACUUAAACCUCUGCCAGUUCAUGUCCUUAAAGACACACUGCAUUCUCCUUUUCAUUUGAUUUACUUAACAAAAGGCCCAUCUCAAUAGGUGGUCCAGGUAUGACAUGACAUGGCGCAAGUGGGGGGGGUGGUGGUGGGGGGGGGGUUUCCUCUAUUGUUCCCACAAGCAAGGGGGGAGGCAGAUAAUAAUAAUAUGCCAUUUAGCAGACACUUUUAUCCAAAGCGACUUACAGUCAUGUGCGCAUACAUUUUUACGUAUGGGUGGUCCCGAGGAUCGAACCCACUACCCUGGCGUUACAAGCGCCAUGCUCUACCAAUUGAGCUACAGAGGACCACACAGAUGAGAGUAAACCCAUCAGACCAACUCCUUGAGACUUCAAGAGUUGGCCAUUCUAGUUCACGAUUUUGCCACAAAUUUGCAAAGUUUUUGCCGUCACAGACACAUUUUCAUGAUUGGGGUGAAAUCUUAUGAACUUGGGCUAGGAUCAGUACGUCGGGACUCAUGUAGUUUGAGCGGGUCAAGGACGCACCGAUGAUGGCUGUUCCGUUCUCCAUACCCCUGUCGGAUGUCCUGAUAAUUUUCUGAAAUGUUGGUUGUACAUCUUGUAGUAUGAGCAGUGCUACGAUGCGAUUGGGCAAGAACUACUGCCAGUAGUCAUUGCGUACUCAGCAUGUGAGACCAAAACAAUAUUGGCGAAGAGGAAAGCAACAACAAGCACCAUGUGGACCGAGGUGAUGGAAGACACAUUGGUGGAGCUGUGGAGAGAACGCAGCUGACUUUUCAAUAUUAAACGUUUUAUAUUACCUUCAAUUCCCUCUGUAGAAUAGAAAGUUAAUAUUGUCCACAUCUGCCCAACCAUUUGCGGGUCCAUAUUCUGCCCCUCCAUCUCUUUUUUGAUGUUUCUGUACAUAAAUAAUGUGCACACUAAUAAAGCAGCUCGCUGUUUGAUUGUCAGCAUUUUCUUCCUAUGACAACAGAGAAACGCAGGGCAGGAUCAACUAGGGAAUCGUCUUGUAAUGUGAGCACCUACAUCCUGGGGUUGAGGAUGGACGGAAUGAAAGAUUUGGGACAAGGAAAUCGGGAAAUGUGAGCACUUCCAAGUUGUUAAAGGGAUAAUCCACCCCCAGAAAUAGAAAUCAUCAAUUUGGUGAAAGCCUAUGUUCCAUCUGUGGGUAAAAUAGAAGUUAAAUCAUGGUGAAAUUUUUUAAGUGGUCUGUCUGAAAUCAGUUAAUUGUGUAGGAACGUGUCAUAGCUAUAGUGUGUCAUCCUCUAUCACAUUUCAUAAUGCUUUUAUACAUUUACAUUACAUUUUAGUCAUUUAGCAGACGCUCUUAUCCAGAGCGACUUACAGUUAGUGAACACAUAUAUAUAUAUUUUUUUAUACUGGCCCCCCCGUGGGAAUCGAACCCACAACCCUGGCGUUGCAAACGCCAUGCUCUAUCAACUGAGCUACAUCCCUGCCGGCCAUUCCCUCCCCUACCCUGGACGACGCUGGGCCAAUUGUGCGCCGCCCAUGAAUCUCCCGGUCGCGGCCGGCUGCGACAGAGCCUGGAUUCGAACCAGGAUCUCUAGUGGCACAGUUAGCACUGCACUCCAAAUCGUCAAAUCAGCCAAAAGAUGGUAUGGGUAUACAUCAGUCUAUAUAUUCAUGACAAAGUAUAUAUUUUUGUCCAAGAUGGCCUCAAAGUACACAGUCAGAUCCUUCAUCUACCUCUUGUCUCCUUGCUAGCAGACUCGCAGGCCCAUUGCCAUAGCAACCACACUGACUCAAAGUUUUGAGCUAGAAAUGCGAUCUCUACCAACUUCAACAUGGUGUAACUCCUAAAUUGAUACUGCAGUUUGUUUGAGGGAUUUUACACCUAGCUAUCUACUUCCCAUGCUGAUAUUGACUUUGGUAUUAGUGUGUGCAUGGGCAUGAAUCUUUAGCACGAGCCCUACCCAUGCCCGAUUGCUUCGGCCAAAUUUAAGGCCUGGUCCUGCCCGAAACCAGAAAUAACUUCCUCCAUUAGUAAAUCCAUUAGCUACUCCUGUCUGUCGCUCACAAAUGUACCCAAAUGUAGUUUUAUGAUUAGUAAAUGCCAUAAUUUAGUUAUUUUGGUAAAUACUUCUCCUUAUGAUCUGACAUUGUAUUUUUUCAAAGCCAUUUUAGCUGUCGCGCUAGCUGUUCGGUGGCUAAUCAAGCUAUACACUGAGUAUACCAAACAUUAGGAACAGCUUCCUAAUAUUGAGUUGCACCCCACCCUUUUGUGCUCAGAACAGCCUCAAGUCCUCAGGGCAUGGACUCUACAAGUUGUGGAAAGCGCUCCACAGGGAUGCUGGCCCAGCUUGACUCCAAUGCUUCCCACAGUUGUCAAGUUGGCUGGAUGUCCUUUGGGUGGUGGACCAUUCUUGAUACACAUGGGGGAAACUGUUGAGCGUGGAAAAACCCAGCAGCGUUGCAGUUCUUGACACAAACUGGUGCGCCUGGCACCUACUACCAUACCCCGUUCAAAGGCACUUAAAUCCUUUGACUUUCCCAGUCACCCUCUGAAUGGCACACAUACACAAUCCAUGUCUCAAUUGUCUCAAGGCUUAAAAAUCCUUCUUUAACCCAUCUCCUCCCCAUCUCCUCCCCUUCAUCUACACUGAUUUGAAGUUUUUAACAAGUAAUAUUAAUAAGGGAUCAUUGCUUUCAUCUGGAUUCACCUGGUCAGUCUGUCAUGGAAAGAGCAGGUGUUCUUAUUGUUUUGUACACUGUGUAUAUUUGGAUUAUAGUGAAUAUCUUUGACAGUAUUAUACAAUAUCGGUGUACAUUUGAUUUAGCUAGAGAAUUUACUCUAUACUGUAUUUUACCAUCAUUUUUUAAUACACAUUUUUAGUUUAGUUUUUUUUAAAACAAUACAGAUGCACACAAACAUCCACAUCACACCUGCCCAGACCCACCUGCUCACACCCCCAUCUCCAGCGCCCGUAUCACUCUCCGCCACAUGGCCUCAAACUGCACCAUUUUGUUUCUCUCCGUCGCCAACUCCGUUUCAACAUUUAGAUAAUAAAGCUUCUGACCUUUCCUUUGUGGAAAGCUCCAGGCCUCCUGUAGCUCAGUUGGUAGAGCGUGGCGCUUGCAACGCCAGGGUUGUGGGUUCGAUUCCCACGGGGGGCCAGUAUGAAAAAUGUAUGCACUCACUAACUGUAAGUCGCUCUGGAUAAGAGCGUCUGCUAAAAUGUAAAAUGUUAACGAUGGAGGAUUGGUUGAUUUCCAGUUAAGUAUGUUUUUCAAGAUGAUUGACGAGAAAAAUAUAGUCCAACCCAUCGGGUAUCUCACUGCACCCUCAUAUGCCAUGUCUUGAAAUAUGCAGACAGACGGAUUAAAAGUACAUUUACAUUGUAAUACUUCUGACAGCCAACAUUCUAACUCUGCCCAUAACUUUUGUACUUUAUAGCAUUCCCAGAAGGUAUGGAUUGAGUCAUUGUUAGUUUUACACUUAAGACAUGACUCUACCAUUGUGCUGUAGAAUUAGUGAAUGUUGUCUCGUGUAAUACAUUCUAUAUAUUAGCUUAUACUGGAUUAAGUGUGGAUUUUCGUUAACUGUAAUUUAAUUAGUUAUGUUCCAACAUUCCCUCCAUCUUGUGCCAAUAUCAGUUCUUUUUCAUUCUUGAUUCCAGUAGUUUAUAUUUUUUUCGUAAGAGAUUGUCAGUUGGAUAGGCUCUCUGCGAGGUUUUAUACAUCUUACCUACAAUAUGAAUAUCCUUUUCUGACUCAAAUAGGGUUUCCUCAAGAUUACUCUUGAUUCCCAAAAGAUUUCAAAUAGAAAUUUUGUGAUAUGUAACUUUUAAGUUGCAUGUAUUGGUCAGUCCAAAAUUGCUUUUUAAUUCUGUCAUGGAAAUAAAUGUAUUUCCUAUUACCAAGUCAUUUACGGUUUCUAUGCCUUUAGUUUUCCAUGUAGACACAUUUAAUCGGUGAAUUCUGAAAAGCUAUCCAAGGAUUGUUCCAUAAGUUUGUGUUUUUAAGGAAUGAAAUUGGUUCUUGUAGAAUACAUUUCAUUUUCUUUCAUAUUGUUAUAGUUUUCUUAACUAUGAAGUUGUUAAUGUUAAUAGCUUUAUCCUUAGAAAAUAGACAUGUUAAAAGAUUCUGGGGAUGAGCAUGCGCAUCUUCAAUAUGUACCCAUUGUUCUUCUUUAGUGCAUUAAACUACUGUAUAUGGGCUCCCGAGUGGCGCAGUGGUCUAAGGCACUGCAUCUCAGUGCUUGAGGCGUCACUACAGACCCCUGGUUUGAUUCCAGGCUGUAUCACAACCGGCCGUGAUUGGGAGUCCAAUAGGACGGCGCGCAAUUGGCCCAGCGUCGUCCGGGUUUGGCCAGUGUAGGCAGUCAUUGUAAAUAAGAAUUUGUUCUUAACUGACUUUCCUAGUUAAAUAAAGGUACAAUUACAAAAUAAAAUAAAAAUAUGUCGCAAGUAAAAGCCAUGGGUGGAGAGUUGAUACAAUUCCAAGUCUGGAAGGUUAUAACCACCCUCAGACUUAGGAAGAUGUAAAACGUUCCUUUUUAUUCUAUGACUUUUAUUUGCCCAUAUAAAGUCUUAUGACAGAGUAUACAUUUUUAAAGAAUGUCUUCGGUGGGGUAAUUGGUAUUACUGAGAAUGAAUAUAAAAACUUAAGGAGCCAUGCCAUUCUGAAGAGGUUUAUUCUACCUGUAAGAUUUAUGGGAAGAUUGUUCCAUUUAAUGAGAUCCGUUUUCAUAUUGUUGAUUAAUGGGAUAAAGUUAUCUUUAUAUAUUUGUUUGCUGUCACUUAUUAAGCAUCCUAAGUAUUUUAUAUUUUUUGUGGUCUACUGAAAGGAUUGCUGUAGAUCAUGAGUUAUUCUUUAUUUUUCCUAUUGCCAUUAUCUGGGGUUUUCCACAUACAUUUUAUAUCCUGGGUAUUCAGAUUUUUUUGUUGUUGCAAUUUCAUCAGAUAAUGUGUGUAUUUUUGCUUUAGGACAUUUAUAUAAUAUUUUUAUUAGAAUGUAUUAUUUCAGCUUGAAAGUUGAAAGCUUCCAAAGUUUUGAAUAGAAAAGGCCAUUCAAGAUGGUCUAAGGUCUUUUCGGCACCAACAGCCAUUAUUGAUAAAUCUUUGUUUUUUAGCGUAUUGUAUUAAACUGUUUGUGUCUAUUAAAAAAUAUAUAACUUUAUUUUCCUGGUUUUAAUGUAACUGAAAUAACUGUUUUGAUAAAUGGAACUAGGAAGCACUGAAUUGAGUGACGUGUUGUCAUUUGUCGAAAUAGGGGCGCUACUGUGUCCCAAAAUGUUAAAUAGAAUUCUAUGGGAAAGCCUUCCAUUCCUGGUGCUUUUCUCAGCGCGAAUGUCUUAAUGUUCUUUUUUGUCUGCUGAUAAUUGCUUCAGGGUGGUUGAGUCCAAGAAGGCUGUAGGAUCAGUCCAACUGUUUAAUUCUGAUUUUAUAUAGAUUUUCAUAAAGCUUUUUAAAUGGUCAUUAAUCGCGUUGUUUCUAAUUAACGCAUUUGUAUCUUUUAAAAUUAUAACUGGUUUGGCAGGUAUUCGUUUUGUGAGGGCUGCAAGAUUAUAAUUUUACCAUCUUCUAAAUGAUGUACCAACAUAGUCAUCAACUUAUGCUUUCAUUUUCUUACAGCCAAGCUCUGGAGGUGCCAGCAAAGCGUCCUGUCACACCUGGUAAUGUUCCCAGGGAGCUAACGCUGUCUACAGACCAGCCAUACCUCUGAACAACAACAUCAACAAAUUGUUUCUCUCCUGACUUACUUUAGGCCUGACAGCAGAGCACAAUGUUGCUCUCCCUAUUGUUCAAAACCUGUAAAAUAUCUAAGUGUUAAUAAAUGAUGUAAUGUUCAAAGA